AAUGUUCUUGUUCUGAUAAAUUGAGAAUCUGGGAUUAUGGGAAUUAUUGAACUGAGGUUGAAUUGGAAAAUUGAAAAUUGAAAUUUUGAAUUGGUAUUGUUCAAUUUAUUUCUGUCUUACUGAUAUCAACUGGGAAUUUGGUAAAGGCGUAAUGUUGCAAAGUUGGAAAUUUGGUGAAGCUGGAAUUCUGGAUAUUUGGGUGUUCUUGUUUCUGUUGUUGGCUUGGUCAGAUUGUUCUCGAAAGGACUUAAGAUGUCAAGUCAGGAUGCAUUAGAUGAACCUCAACCUGAGAUUUCAGACACUAAUUUGCAAGAGUCUGAAAGUGGCAUCAAUCAGUUGGAAUAUAAUGGUAUUAGAUACGAUAAGUUGGCUCCAGAAGACAUUAUAGGCGUGAAGUUUGUAACUGUUGAGGCAGCAGAGACUUUUUACUAUGCUUAUGCGAAAGCAAUGGGUUUUGAUGUUAGAAAGGAUGACAAGAGAACAAGUGCAAGGACUGGGAGAGUCACUAUCCGCAAAUGGGUUUGUUCUGCAGAGGGGGAAAGACUAGAGAAAUAUAUGGACAACAAUAAUAAUGUCCGUAUGCCAAAGAAAUUGACAAGGUGUCACUGCCCAUGUUUGUUCAAAGUAAGGUACUUCAAGGAGAAGAACUCGUAUGUCGUAGUUGAUUUCAAAACAGAUCAUUCACAUGAUCUUGCACAGCCACAGGAGUCUCAUUUUCUUAGGUCACAUCGGUCUGUCCCAGAUUCUCAUUUAGCUUUAGCCACAUCUAUGCGGAGAGUAUCCAUUAAGACUUGUCAUGCAUAUCAAUACAUGGCUAACAUAUCUGGAGGGUUUGCGAAUGUUGGUUUCAAAAUGAAAGACUUGUACAAUAAAUUGGACUCGAGUCAACGUGAAAUUGUACUUGAAGGGGAUGCAAAAGCUACACUUGCCUAUCUUGAAGGAAAAGCAGCUGAAGAUAAGAAAUUAUUUUGCAAGUACAGCACAGAUGAGAGUAACAGGUUGGCCAACUUAUUUUGGAGAGACUCAACUUCAUUGCUAGAUUAUUGUUGUUUUGGGGAUGUUUUGGUAUUUGAUAGCACCUACAAGACUAAUCACUAUGGGAAGCCCUUGGUAUUGUUUGUGGGAUCAAACAACCAUCUAUUGACUACAAUUUUUGGUUUUGCAUUAUUGGUAGAUGAAACAGUUGAGACAUACACAUGGGUUUUGCAGAUGUUCUUAGAGUCUAUGGAGGGCAAAAAACCUCUGGGCAUUUUGACCGACGGUGAUGAAGCAAUGGGAAAGGCUAUUGAACUAGUGGUUCCAGGUUGUCCACAUCGUUUAUGUACAUGGCAUAUUUCUAAAAAUGCUCAGAAAAACUUACGCAACCCUGAAAUAGUUGCAGAGUUCAGACGUUGCAUGUUUGAUGAAACAACUCCCUGUGGUUUUGAGCAACGAUGGAGAGCUAUGGUGGAAAAAUAUGGUCUUCAUAAUAGAAAUUGGGUGAAGAUGAUGUAUGAUAAACGAGAGAAAUGGGCUGAAGCAUUUGUGAGUGGACAUUUUUUCGCUCGCAUGCGUAGCACGCAGCGAUGUGAAGGCAUGAAUAGGUAUGUGAAGGAUAGUCUCAGCUUCAGUGGAGUGAAAUUGAUUGAACUCAUUCCACAGCUUGAUAAAGCAUUGGAACGACUUAGAAAUAAAGUAGCUGAAGAAGAUUUUCGAUCAAAUAACUCCGCUCAUGUACUUUCUACCCAACUCAGACAGUUAGAGAAGCAUGCCUCUACCAUUUAUACGGAUAAUGUGUUUCAACUAAUAUGUGUGGAGAUAGAUCGGGUUGGAGGACUGAUAACUUCAAGGAUCAUGCAUCUGAAUUCAUGUCGUGUGUACAUUACGUCUAGUUAUAACAAUGAUGAAGAGAAAGAGUGCACAACUACUUAUUAUCAUCGGGAAAGUGAUCCUCGAGUAGUAUGCUCUUGCAAACUUUAUGAAUGUGAAGGAAUCCCAUGUUCUCAUUUAUUUAAUGUAAUGAAGCAUGAGCGCAUGAGGGAGAUACCUUUGUCCUUAGUAUUAAAGCGGUGGACAAAGCAAGCAAAAUCUGAAUUUCACUCCACAGUUUCCAAGGAAAAUAUGCCUAGUGAAGCUGUACGAUUGGCCAGGCAUGGAGAUUUAAGUUAUUUAAGUAGCAGGAUAUCAUAUCUUGCUUCACAGACAAAGGAGGGUACCGACAUUUUGAAGAAAGAACUCAGUAGAUUGGAGUCGAUACUUGGAGAUGUUUUGAAGCAACAAAAAGAUGUAGGUGAUAGUCCAGAUCCAUGUAAUAACAUUGUAAGAGAUCCUAUCAGGAGACAGCCCUGA